UCUAAUAUCAUAUACCUAAUAGGUUAGCCCACUUGACCUGGAAUGAGAUGACUUCCUUCUUUUAUAGAUUGUGGUGUCUCCCACGUAGUUGCUCUGGUCAACCUUGACCUUAUUUCCUUAUUCCCCUGGCUUUCUUGAGGCCGUCCGAUCGUUAUUUGAUUUUUGUAAUGGGGUUCCUCAACUUUUGCUGUUGCUUAGCCGGCGAGCUUUCGUUAACCGCACAAAAUGGCAAUUCUCUUUGGGGCACGCUCCUAGCCCAAGCCCUACCAUCAUUUAUCCUUGGGAGUGGAGGAUUCAACGUUAUCCCAUGGGGCGACAGGGGGGCUGGGUCGAGCAAUCCUUAUACCGACGCACCGCACACUGGUAUAACGCGUAGAUACGAGUUCAACAUUAGUCGAGGCAUAAUCGCGCCAGAUGGGUAUCAGAAGGAAGUGUUGCUUGUUAAUGACCAAUUUCCCGGACCGCUUGUUGAAGCCAACUGGGGUGACUAUAUCGAGGUGAAGGUCACCAAUUCCAUUGACGAUGGUCCACCAGAAGGGACAGCGAUUCACUGGCACGGUUUUUUGCAAACAGGAACGCCGUGGAUGGACGGUGUCCCCGGUGUUUCUCAAUGCCCGAUUGCCCCUGGAAAAAGCUUCACUUACAAGUUCCGAGCCGAGCUAUACGGUUCGUCUUGGUAUCAUUCCCACUACUCCGCUCAGUACGCAGGUGGUCUCUACGGUCCUGUUGUCAUCUACGGUCCAAGACAUGUGGGCUAUGAUGUCGAUCUUGGUCCGGUCAUGAUAAACGACUGGUCACAUAGAAACUAUUAUGCGGUCGUCCAAGAGAUUAUGGGUCCUGGUUCGAAUGGACUGACCUACUCAGACAACAACCUAAUCAACGGAAAGAUGAACUUUGACUGUUCUACGAUAGACGCCGAUGAUGAGACACCUUGCACAGAUAAUGCCGGGCUAUCCAAAUUUGUCUUCCGACCGGGCAAGACUCACCGUCUUCGAUUCAUCAACUCUGGAGCGGAGGGUACCCAGCGCAUUUCUAUCGAUGGACAUAACAUGACGGUCAUAGCCAACGACUUCGUCCCAAUCAAACCCUAUGACACCCAGGUUAUCACUCUCGGCGUCGGUCAGCGAACCGAUGUGAUUGUGCAUGCUCAUGCCGAUCCAGGAUCUGCAUUUUGGUUGAGAGCAAACAUGACGUCUUGCUCUAGCACGAAACAGCCGCUGGCGCUCGCUGCCAUCUAUUACCAAGGCGCCGAUAAUACUUCUGUUCCAACCAGUACGCCAUGGGACGUCCCAGAUCCGGGCACCUGCGAGAAUGACGACCUAGCACUUACCGUACCUUAUUACCCCGUAGCUCUACCCGAGCCGUCGUGGACCCAACAUAUGGACGUUAGCGCAUACAUUAAUUCGAGUGGUAGCUUUCUCUGGGAAUUUGGUGGCGUCGCUGCGAGAGUGGAUUAUAACAACCCGACUCUUCUCCAGGCUCGUAAGAAAGGUGGCUUCCAAUAUACAGCUGAGUCUAACCUAAUAAACUACGGGACAAAUUCAUCAAUCCGCAUUAUAAUCAAUAAUCCCGCACGGUCGUCCCAUCCGAUACACGCGCAUGGUUUGCAUAUGUAUGUCCUUGCAGCUGGACCAGGCAACUACACCGAAAACUCGCUAUCGCGCCUCAAUACGAAGAACCCCAUGCGCCGCGAUGUUCAGAUGGUCGCCGCCAAUGGCCACCUCGUCGUGCAGCUGGACGCGUCCAAGAGUCCCGGAAUCUGGCCUUUCCACUGUCACGUCGCCUGGCACUCAUCUGCUGGCUUCUUUUCACAGAUGCUGUUUAAACCAGACGAGCUAGCCACUCAUAAAUAUGAUAUCCCACAUGAUGUUAGCCAGACGUGUCGUGAUUGGGCCAAGUUCACUAGUGGCGUCGUUCCGGAUCAAAUCGAUAGUGGGUUGAAGGCAAGAGCGGAGAUAGUGAAGCAAGAAAGGAGUGCUACCUUAUUGCGGUGAGCAUUGUAGCGAUCAUGUUCUAAUCUUAAUCAACCUGUUGCAUUCUUCAGGCCAAACUCCGAAGAAAUAUCCCUGCGCUUUCUUCGUUUACAUAUUGCAUAAUGGCGGCGUCGGGAUCAGAUAAGAGGCUCCGGUGCCCCUUCAGUGUGUUGGAUUUUGGGUAAUGGUUAAUGCCAACAUAACGAAUGGUCUUUGGUGUAAAUAGUUCUUCGCAGCUACAUGAGCGGAGUACCUGAAAGAUUAUACAUGUAUCUAAACUUCAGCGUUAAUUCUCAACAUUUUUACCAGCGA